UGAAGCAGCAGCGAGUCCAGUGGCCCAGAUGAACAUCCGGGUUUCCCGCUGGCACCGCUGCUGUGGCUCGCAGGAGCCAUUUUGGACGCCGUUCAGCUUUUCGCAUGUCAGUCCCUUCUGCCCCCUCCAGCUGCCCCGGCAGAGGGGGAGAAACACACACACGGACUCACACAAGGGGGCUUCGCUUCUACUCCAAGCGUCCAAACUCACGCGCCCACCGAGAGCUCGUACAUGCUGCUGCUGUCCGGUCAGGGACUACCUCUCCGACCGGCGCGCUUCUUCUGAGGGAUACAUUGUGUUGCAGUGAAGAGCUCGUGUUGUUAUUGUAGCGGUGAAGAAUUGCGUGCAGGCCCGCGGCUCCUUCGCGUUCAUGUGUUUCAUCUCAUUCUUAAAUGCUUUCACGGCAUAAAGGACAACAUUUAUCGCCAGGAUCCUCGAGGGAAGGAACAUGUUUGUUAACUGGCUGAGUUUUGCACUCGUCUGGUGCACAGGAGGCAGUCAGGCAGAGGUGGAGACUAGAGAGUGCGUCUACUACAAUGAUAACUGGCGGACGGAGAAAACCAAUCAGAGCGGUUUUGAGAGGUGUGAGGGGGAGAAAGACAAGAGGCUGCACUGUUACGCCUCCUGGUUGAACUUGACCGGAACCAUCCGCCUGGUCAGAAAAGGCUGCUGGCUCGACGACUUCAACUGUUAUGACAGUGUCCCUUUAAUGGUUAAUGGCUCUGAAACCAGCAGUUUCCCAGAUUCCCAGAUUCUCUCAAUAAAGAUCCAGCCUCCUCAGCUGGGGCCAUCUCUGUUGGGUGUGCUGGUUUAUUCUCUUCUUCCUUUCGCCAUUCUCUGUCUGGCCCUGGUGCUGGCCUGCUGGACGUACCACCAACGAAAACCACCCUACAGACACGUCGACAUCGGCCAGGAUGCUGGUCUUCCUCCACCGUCUCCUCUGGUUGGCCUGAAGCCGCUGCAGUUGCUGGAGUUGAAGGCCAGAGGGCGCUUUGGCUGCGUGUGGAAGGCCCAGUUACUGAGUGAAUAUGUGGCGGUGAAAAUAUUUCCCAUCCAGGACAAGCAGUCGUGGCAAAACGAAACAGACAUUUACCUCACCGAGGGUUUUAAACAUGAGAAUAUUCUGCACUACAUCUCGGCAGAAAAACGCGGCACAAACCUACAGAUGGAGUUGUGGCUGGUCACAGAAUUCCACGAGAGGGGUUCGCUAACGGAUUACCUGAAGGGGAACCCGGUGAGCUGGCCUCAGUUGUGCCAUAUUUCAGCAAGUAUGUCCCGAGGCCUGGCAUACCUUCAUGAAGACCUUCCUUAUCGAGCAGAGGGACCCAAACCCGCCAUCGCACACAGAGAUUUCAAGAGUAAGAAUGUCCUGCUCAAGACGGAUUUGACCGCAGUGAUUGCAGACUUUGGGUUGGCUGUCCACUUUGAGCCUGGGAAACCGCCUGGAGAUACACACGGCCAGGUGGGAACUCGGCGUUACAUGGCUCCAGAGGUGCUGGAGGGGGCCAUUAAUUUCCAAAGGGACGCCUUCCUAAGGAUCGACAUGUACGCUCUAGGACUGGUGCUGUGGGAGCUGGUGUCUCGCUGUACCGCCUCCGAUGGUCCUGUAGGUGAGUAUCAGCUGCCCUUUGAGGAAGAGGUGGGCCAACAUCUUUCACUGGAAGACCUUCAAGAUGUGGUGGUCCACAAGAAGAUGCGGCCCGUUUUUAAAGACUGUUGGAUCAAGCAUCCGGGUUUGGGCCAGUUAUGUGAGACCAUCGAGGAGUGCUGGGACCAUGACGCAGAGGCACGGCUGUCCGCAGGCUGUGUGGAGGAGCGCAUCUCCACCAUCUCAAAGACAACCAACACCAUCAACACGUCUACCUCGGAGUGCCUGGUCUCCAUGAUGACGUCCCACAGCGACACGGACCUUCCUCCCAAAGAGUCCAGCACCUGAACACCCGCCUCCAAACAUCAGGAACUGCGAACCACUGUGUUCAUCGCUCCAGUAAAUGUGAACUUUGCUGCUAAUUUGAUCUCUGGAUCGCCAUGUAUUUCAUUUCUUCUUGCAUCGUUGGAUCGCUUUCACCAGCACAUUCAUCUACUGUACUCUUCCGAGAGGAAGGCACACACAAAAAUCCUCAAACACGAGAAGACCGAACUCUCAGAGGGCAUUCAGGGGAUCGUUUCAGACUGCUGGGAAAUGAGCACACGUUACCUCAUCGGUUUUAAUGCCAUUUUUAUGUUGUUGUUGUUUUUUUUGCCUUCACUCCAUGAAUACCUCCAUCCAAAAUGCUCUACCCUUGGGUUUUAUCGAGACUACAUGAUGAUCUGAUGACUGUUACACAACCUUCCAAGAGCACACAAGGUCCUUUUUGUACUCUGUGAAUUUUAGUGUUUUAAUGUACCCUUUUUUCCUUGAAAUGUCUUGUGGGAUGUUAUUUUUCGUAUUUCCGGCAGUGACGGCAGUUGUCUGGGACACUGGAAGCUGAAGGCAGUGGGACUGUUAUGAUUCGAGUUGCCUUUCGCAGCGUCGGGAUUGGUUUUAAUGUAGCAUCUGCUUAUGUUGAAGUAUCUGAAGUCAGACGUGCCAUCACCGCUGGCGUGUUUCAGUGUUCGUUGUUUCUGAGUGACAAGAGCUGCAGUUGAAGUAUUAGUUCUGCGACCGCGUGAAGACCAGCGCUGCGUUACAGGUUUGAUUUCAAUCACGGCUAAAUGUUUCGGUGCAUCAGGAAAGUGUGAUGUUUAUCCGCUACACUACUCAGGUAAACUCUGUGCAUGUGAUUGUGUGACCGCUCACUCUUACAGCAAUAGUUCUCAGCAGUA